UUGAAAAUAUCAUACUUAACUUAGCUGGGGUUAGAAACCAGUCCACUGCAGUGUGACCAAAUCGCUAUGGCAACAUCACGAACACUCGCAUCUUCCAUUCUCCAUUCCCACACUAUUCCACGCGCGCCAUGCCGCUUCCGCUUUCACUUUCGCUUUCCUUCAACUUUCUGCACUCUUACAUUUUCCUCUUCCAAAUUUCCCGCUAAAUCUUCUUCGCGCCUCACCGUCUUCUCCGCUUCAUCCACCGACCACCGCCACAGCACAUCUCAAGACCUCGCCGUCCUUCUCGAAGUCGACGGGGUUCUUAUGGACGCGCAUCGCGUAGGAAAUCGUAUUGCCUUUAACAAAGCUUUCGAGAGGCUAGGGCUCGAUUGCGCCAACUGGACUGAACCUGUCUAUUCGGAUCUUUCGAAGAGAAGUGCUGGAGAUGAAGAAAAGAUGGUGUUUCUGUAUUUUAAUCGCAUUGGAUGGCCUGCUUCGUUACCCACAAAUGAGCAGGGACUAUUUGCAAAAAGAGUUUUGCAGCAAAAGGAAAAGGCGUUAGAAGAGUUUGUGAUGUCAAAAGAUCUACCUUUACGACCUGGUCUCGAACAAUUUAUUGAUGAUGCAUAUAAUGAAGGAAUUCCAGUGGUAAUACUAACGGCAUACAGUAAAAGUGGUGACAAUAUUGCUGGGUCCAUAAUGGAAAAGCUUGGCAAAGAUAGAAGCAUAAAGGUCAUUAUUGUAGGGAAUAAGGAGGUUGAUCAAAGUUUAUAUGGACAACUAGUCUCGGGAAAGGUAAUUGCUUCUGAUUUGGAUGAAGAGCUUGCCAAGGAAGCCAAUAGAGCUGUUUCUGCUGAAAGACAAAGACUAGCGAAGGAGGUAGCAUCCGUGCUAAAAUUGAGCGUUGAGAUUGAUACCAACUCAUCUGAAAGUCUAGCCAAGAUUGUUGCUGCACUACGAGCGGGAGCAGAAUAUGCAGGGUUACCCGUCUGCAAUUGUGUCCUUGUUGCUGGAAGCCAAUCUGGUGUAUCUGGAGCUACACAGGUGGGCAUGCCAAGUGUUGUUUUACGAAGCAGUUUGACAUCUAGAGCCGAGUUUCCAUUGGCAAACGCUACAGUAGAUGGAUUUGGAGGUGCAGAUCUAACAAUUUCAAAAUUACGUAAUAUACGCCCGAAGAACAAGCAAAGGACUGAAUGAGCACUUCCCAAAAAAUUAGCAAUAAACACAACAUAAUCACACUUGCUCUGGAGUUAGAGAUUUUUUUUGCGGGCAAGCAACGGAGUUUAAGAUAGGUAACUUUAGACGAUAUGUUUGCUAGUAUGAUAAUUUCAUAUUAAAAUUCUGCAAUGUAGAAAUAGAGCAAAUACGCUGAAAUGUGGGAUUUUUGUUUUUGUUUUCCUACUUGCGUGAUCUGUCGUCGCUCUCCCAGCAACCUGAGCAAAGACUAAACUCUUCUCGAUUGGAAUUUGGCUGUGGAGAAGCUCCUACUGCAAUUGCUGGGUAAAUAUAAUUGUAAUACGUCUGAUGUAAGAUUUUUAUUGAUAACUUCUCAUGGUGGAAUGAGAACGUGUUUUGUAAUUGACAUUGUGGCAUACAUUAUUACACUGACAUCCCAAACACUGAAUCUACGUCAAGUUCAAAGUUACUCUUA